UUGGUACUGGUGGCCGGGGGAAAGAGGUAAUCAACGUUUUGGAUUUUUGUUGUCGGCCGAAAGAUUCAGUUUUUUACAUGAUAUAAAUAUCAAAUUCAAAAGAACAUGGAUCCGUCUCCAUCUCUAGAAACUGUGUAUCAAGCUGUUUACACGCUUUACCAUAACCCAGACCCUCAAGAGAAGGAGAAUGCAUCGAAAUGGCUCGGUGAACUCCAAAAAUCGGUAUCUGCCUGGAAAAUCUCCAAUGAACUCCUUCAACAGCAACAUGACUUGGAGUCAUGUUACUUUGCUGCGCAGACCAUGCGCACCAAAAUUCAACUAUCCUUCCAUGAACUUCCUGUUGAUGUGCAUGAAAGUCUUAGAGAUUCCCUGCUAUCACACAUAGGACAAGUUACAGACACCACCAAUACUGUUAUUGUGACUCAGCUUUGCCUAGCUCUAGCAGAUUUGGCUCUUCAAAUGUCAACUUGGUCAUCUCCAGUUACCUACCUCAUAAACCAUUUCGGACCUGCCAAUCUAUGGCCUCUGCUUGAAACACUCACUGUCUUACCAGAAGAAGUCAAUUCUCGGACUCUCAGACUUGGUGCGAAUCGACGGCAGGAUAUUAUACAAGAUUUCCAGAACUCAUCUCCUGCUGUUCUUCAGUUUUUGAAAGCAUGUCUGUCCAGUGGUGGAGAAAAUCCUCAGAUUCAUAUUCGCAUUUUGCGUUGUUUUUCAUCUUGGGUUUCAAUUCAAGCUAUAACUCUGUCGGAGGUCUUAGAAAAUAUUGUUGUUGCACAUGCAUUUCAGAUCCUCACCAAUGCAUCUUCCCCCUCCGGUCUUCAUGAAGCAGCAUCAGAUUGUGUCUGCGCCCUCCUGCAAUGUCUUGAAGAAAAUAAUGAUCAGCCCCAACUAGAACAGCAAUUAUUCCAAGGAGUGUUGUCUCUUGAAGAUGCGUAUCACCAAUCUGUGGCAACAGAAGAUCAAGAAAAGUCUAUGAACUACUGUCGGAUAUUCACUGAGUUAGCAGAAUCUUUCAAACAGAAAAUGGUAACGGGAUGUGCUGCAUCAAGAACACACUUUGCUCUGAAAAUUCUAGAUUUGGUCCUUACAUGUGUUGGUCACCAUGAUUAUGAGGUGGCAGAAAUUACUUUUAAUUUGUGGUAUAGACUCUCUGAGGAACUCUACAUUAAGAAUUCAGAUGCACUCACUGGUGUAUUCAAACCGUAUGUUGAAAGGCUAAUAGCAGCCUUAUGUCAUCAUUGUCAAAUGGAGCCUGAUCACGAUGGCCUGCUAGAGGAGGGUGAUGAUUUCCAGGAUUUCAGAAUAAAGGUUUCAGAACUAAUCAAGGAUGUUGUAUUUAUUGUUGGAUCUUCAAAUUGCUUCCGCCAAAUGUUUUUGAACUUACAAGUGCCUAACGUGACUUGGGACGCAAGUGAAGCUGCUCUCUUUGUGAUGCAGUCUGUUGCUAAAAAUAUUUUACCUGAAGAAAAUGAAGUUGUGCCAAAAGUUGUGGAGGCUAUUUUGAAUCUCCCGGAAAACACUCACCUGGCUGUUAGACACACAUCUAUACUUUUACUUGGUGAACUUUGCGAAUGGAUAGAAUUUCAUCCUCAGUCAUUAGAGCCUGUGCUGAACUUCCUACUCUACUGUCUCCAGAGAGCUCCUCUAGCAAGUGCAGCUGCAGUAGCUUUGCAAGCAAUUUGCUCAGCCUGCUGUGAACACAUGGGAGUUCACUUUAAUGGUCUUAUCCAAAUAAUUCAAAGUCUAGAAACAUUCAAUAUGUCCAAUCAAGCAGCUAUUGGCCUCCUGAAAGGCGUGUCAGUGAUACUGGGCCGAAUGCCAGCAGAACAAAUUCCACCUCUGAUGAAAGAAAUUUGUUGGCUGCAAGCCAAGCCACUGUGCGAACUAAUUGAGAGUGACAUAAAGGUGCAGAAAGGAACGAGAACUGAUCCUGUCUACUGGCUGGACAGGCUGGCUGUUAUUUUCAGAAAUACUAGUCCUGGAGUUCAAAAUGGGGCUGUCCAUCCAUGUCGGGAUGUGUUAACAGAGGUCUGGCCUGUUUUAUCGAAAACUUGUGAUAAGUAUCAAGAGGAUUCCAGAAUCAUGGAACGAGUUUGCCGUUGCUUGCGUUAUGCAGUGAGAUGUGUUGGGAAACAGGCAGCUCAUCUUUUGGAACCUUUGGUGAAACAAAUGGUUUCUCUCUAUGUUCAGCACCAACACAGUUGCUGCCUUUAUCUAGGGUCCAUUUUGGUUGAUGAAUAUGCAAGUGAACCGGGCUGUGUGGGUGGUCUUCUGAACAUGCUCGAAGCUUUCAUUGCACCAACUUUUACAAUUCUUCAAGAGGGUGGCUGGGAAAACGGUUUGCGGGGCCAUCCAGACACUGUUGAUGAUCUUUUCCGCCUUUGUGCAAGAUUCCUUCAGCGUUCUCCUAUACCAUUCCUUCAGUGCACAUCAUUACAAGCUAUUAUAAAUUGUGCUAUUUUGGCAGUAACAUUAGAUCAUAGAUACGCUAAUGCCUCAGUCAUGAAAUUCUUUUAUGAUCUGAUUCAUUGUGGACGAAAUAAUGAGUCACAAGAAGAUUUCCCAGUGAGGAAGAAUUUGGUUCUAGCAAUUGUCCGAGAAAAUGGUCGCUUGUUAACAUCAAGACUGCUUCAUGCAUCUGUAUUCUUCUUACACUCAUACAUGCUCUCUGAUGUAUCAGAUGUUAUUGUGGAACUGUCAUUAACUGAUCGUGAGUCGAUGAACACCUGGCUGCAACAAGCAUUGGAAGACCUAAAUAACAAUGCCACUGGACAACAUCUGACAGCAACAAACAAGCAAAUAGUUGAUUUUCAUGCUGCUAUCAUGAAAGCCGAAGGAACAAAACCAGUGACCCACUGUCUAAAAGAUUUCACCAGGCUCUUCCGCUGAUGAAGCUUAGUUUUAUUUUAUACUUUUAUUACUCAAUUUAUGUUGGUGAAAUUAAAUCAGUGUGCGAAGUAUUGGCCCAACCGACACUGCUGUCAUGGAUUUAUUACUUUGUUUUACAAUUUAUUAAUUUUUUUAUUAAGUGGAAGUUUAUCUUUUGACCCAAUUUUUGUUUCUGCUUUCUUUCUGACUGAUGCAUGUAUUUGCAGCUUUAUAAUGUUAUUGCUUUUUUAAAAAUUCAUAUUUACAAUAAAUUUUGUAGUGAUCAUUCUGUGAAUGUUUCUCCUGUUACAUUUCAUGGAGUUCUGAAAGCUUCAGGUACAUUCUGAUAGCAGUUAAAGUCAAAGAUGAUUCUUCCAUAUCCGUAUUGUUUUCAGUGCUGUUUUUUUUUCUACCAGUAUUUUAAAAAUGAUUUGUUUUGAAAAUGUGUGGAGUGCCUUUCUACACUGUAUUUGGUUGCCACUCUAAUUUCAAUCAAGCUUAGACCCUUCUAAAAUUGAUUUAAUUUUGAUGAUGAGCUAUUUUCUUUCAGAACUCAAUGGUUAAGUAGCUGAAACCAAAAUGACAGCUAUCAUUGUGAUUUAGGCAUGUGGUAGGCUUGACCAUAACAGUGUCUUCUGGCCAAUCUCUGGGUUUUCUGAAUGAAAAACAUGAUGAGUGAUUGAUAGCUGCUGUGACUAAAUUUUACAAGCUUGCCUCUCUUCAGUGCUGUUGCAAAUUUGUGUGAACGAAUGAAGUCUCCAGUGCAAAUGUUAAAGACAUAUUGUUGCAUUUCUUGUAAAUGAAUGUUCUAAUUUCUAUGAUUUGAUUUAUAUAUAAAUAUCUAUAUAUAGUGAAUGUAAAUGAAAAUGUAAAAAUAUAUUUUUGACUGAUAAAAAUUUGGAUUAUGUUGUAUUUAUGUAUUUAUUAAUGUUGAAUCAGUCAAAUAAGCGUAUCUAUUUUGUACCGUCAAGGCUCUGUUUGAGACAAGGUCAACAUUUUUAACAGACUUUUUAAAGUGACUUGAAUGCACUGAUUGUUACUUGGGGUUUUGUUCUGGAAUGCCAGAUGCAGAUUAUCAAGUAAAACUGUCCCUAAUAAUU